AUGGAGAAGAAGAUAAGGUUAAAGAAGACGUUAAGAAAGGAGAAGAAGUUAAGGAUGGAGAAGACUAUAAGGCUAAAGAAAAUAAAAGAAGUUAAGGAUGGAGAAGAAGUUAAGGAAGGAGAAAAAUUUAAGGAAGGAGAAAAAACUAAGGAUGGAGGAAAAGUUAAGAUAGGAGAAGAAGUUGAGGAUGAAGCAUAA